ACGCACUGCGUCUGGCAAAAGGUAAACAGCUGGUCCAUACUCGAAGAAUGGGAAGAGGAUAUAUACGGGGUUCCUUACGUAGAAAUAAAUAUUCUGUGUGGUUAGAUGACGGUGUAAGUGAGAUCUAGGAUGGCAAAAUAAUUACAGUAGAUCUCCCGUCUACUAGUAUAUUGACCGUAGCCACAUUCUUUCAUUCAUUGCGCUCUGCAAGGUAGUAUUUUUUUAUCCUGUCACCGUGUUCCUGCAUUGGUAUAGAUAAAGUAGACAAGAAUGUUGAGCAUGCAUUGACAUAUUCUUUCCUACACACUACUGGCGCAGCUGAUCUUACCAUACCAUGCAGGCAACAGCUACUAGUGAUUUCUCAUUCAAAACACACAAGACCAGGGGCCCAUUCUCUGAAGGAGCACCACAACCCCGAACUAUCCCCCUUUGGCUUUCCCGGGCACAUAGCCGCAUCACGCUGCUAGCAAGGUGAGGGACUCGUCUAUGCAAUUAUGGAGGAAGCAGUCAUAUAUACCUCGGGAGAUAUCUCAAGGCAACCCGAUUUGCGAAUCCUCCAUUACAAUGAUGUCUACCAUAUUGAUGCCUCUUCUGCCGAGCCGGUCGGAGGCUUUGCCCGCUUCCAGACUGUGUGCAACUACUACCGCAACGAUGACCGAUUUGCUGCCCAACCGAAUGUCAUCACAAUCUUCUCUGGAGAUGCCUUCAAUCCUAGUCUGGAAAGCAGCGUGACCAAAGGAAGUCACAUGGUCCCUGUGCUCAACAUGAUAGGGACGGACGUCGCUUGUGUGGGAAACCAUGAUCUCGACUUUGGCGUCAAACAGUUUCGCAGCCUCGCCUCACAGUGCAAAUUUCCAUGGCUCCUAGCCAAUGUGCUUGAUCCCGCGCUGGGCGAUGACAUUCCUCUAGGCAAUGCGAAAAAGACGGCGAUGCUGACCUCUUCGAAUGGAGUCAAGGUCGGCGUCAUCGGCCUGGUUGAGCGAGAGUGGCUGGAUACCAUCAAUUCGUUGCCUCCAAAUCUGAUCUACAAGUCGGUUGUGGAAACCGCAAAGGAGCUCGUGCCAGGUCUGAGAGAGCAAGGUGCAGACAUAAUUGUUGCCGUGACCCACCAAAGAGAGCCCAACGACAACCAACUGGCCGAGAAGACGCCCGAUGGGCUGAUCGAUUUGAUCCUUGGUGGGCAUGAUCACUUCUACCAACACAAUCUCAUCAAUAGCACACAUGUCCUGCGCUCAGGGACCGACUUCAAGCAACUCAGCUACAUCGAAGCUCGACGGCGGCAGGGCGACACCAAAAAGUGGGACUUUCAGAUUGUCCGGCGAGAUAUCACGUCCGACGUUCCCCAGGACCCGAAGGCCUGGAGACUUACGGAAGAGCUGACGACUUCCUUGAAGCCGAAGCUGGAAAAGCCUCUGGGUUACACCGCGGCUCCAUUGGACGCCAGGUUCACCACUGUCCGACUCAAAGAGUCUAACAUUGGAAACUUUGUUUGUGAUUUGAUGCGCUCAUAUUAUCAAGGCGACUGUUGCAUCAUAGCUGCCGGUACGAUAAGAGGCGACCAGAUCUACCCACCGGGAGUGCUCCGCUUGAAGGAUAUUUUGAAUUGCUUUCCCUUUGAGGAUCCAACCAUCGUCAUCCGGGUAACCGGUGCUGCACUCCUGGCUGCGCUCGAGAACUCUGUUUCCACUUAUCCCGCUCUCGAAGGGCGCUUUCCACAAGUGUCCAAUAUUGAAUUCGAAUUCGAUCCGUCCUUGCCGCCUCACCAUCGAGUCAAGUGGGCAAAGGUGGGUGGUGAGCCGAUCGACUUGGGAAGGAAGUACAAGCUGGUGACCCGGGGUUACAUGGGACGUGGGAAAGACGGCUUUGACUCAUUACUCGUGCGAUCAGAAGGGGGCGAGGCUGAAGAGAUCGUAUCCGAAGAAAAUGGAAUCUUGAUAAGCAUGAUACUGCGACAGUAUUUCAUGUCGCUUCAGAUCAUCGGCAAGUGGAAAUACUGGGGGAAAAGCAUGGCCCGCCACUGGGAAUGCGUUCAAGACGACGUACAUUCGACACAUCCUGUCGUGGAACCCAGCAGGGAGGCGAUUAACGGUCGUAACGGUGGAGAGGGGUUCUCUACACCCAUUGAUGACUCUGAGAGCGAGAGUCAUCGACGCGUUCGGGAUCUCCAACGAGACAGGAGCGAGCGAGAAUUGCAGAUCAUUCGAAAAGUCAUUCGCAAGUGGUGGCGUCUGGCUGGGCUCAAGGGGCAGCCCAGAUGCUGUGACAACAUGACCGAUGAAGAGUUCCAGGUCGACUGGACCAAGGCAAUUGCGCCUCGAAUUGAAGGACGGAUCAAGAUCACCAACAGCGCACAAACUCGGGCAAACAGCCGUGAGCGGACAGCCCAAGGUUAAGGCAUGCAGGAUCCUUCUUGCUGAGCGGCCAACAGUCGAGAGGGCGCUGAGCUGUAACCCUCGAGUCCCUGGCAGGGUUGGAAAUCUUCCUAUGCCACCACUAUAACAUCAAAAGCAACCCACUGCGUCCGCAAGGUAUUGGCGCCUGGCUGACAUCUCCCUCGCCGGGAGCGAGGUGUAUCCCCUUGGGACACCAUGCUCAUUUCAGUGAGUAGGUGCAGCCAACACAGCACGCAUUGGUUCAAUCGUCAUGCAACAUACUGCAGAGGGACAGAAUAUCAGCUGGCUGGCCUGGAAAAGAAGAAAGGAGCAUCUAGAUGGCAGCGAUAAAGGUGGCAUAAAGCGGCGGCGUAUGGUGUCCCUCCAAUAAAUGAACUCCGAGUUACGAGAUGGAGAGAAAUCGUGUCACAAAUCAUGUGACCGACCAGGUCCACCUUAAAAUGUGAAAUUGUCGAGUCUUCCAGAAGCCAUAAUAAUAUAUAAAGCAACUUGAACGGCACAGAUGUCAACGGUCAUGCCCACAGCGAGGCGAGCGGCAGGUAUGGGUCUGUCAUUAUUUGCUCCGGCAGAACCGAUUACCCGUACUCCUAGACCCAGCUGGAGGAUUUUCGGGAUUUCAGCUGGCUCAGCUAGUUGUACAUGCACUGCACGUUGUAAGCAAGAGGAUACUACAAUUAUAUACGAGGACAGAGGUGACAGUGCCAUACGAUCGUGCCAAAAUCGGGCUCCGUUCUUCGGACUCCUACUAGCAUGGCUGCCAGUGCAGUACCGGGUGGUGCGCCUUUGGAUGUUGCCGGAACAUGCACCCUCAGAAAGAUCCAAUCGUAGGGACGGAAUUUCCAACCUCGGGCAGGUCACUUUCCGCCUUCAAUAGUACUAGUGCCUAGGUAGUAAUCAUGCCAUGUAGGUAAUGUUUAAAAAGGGCUUGAAGUACUAGUAGCCGA